AGACUAUUGUUUUUACGUUAAAUGAAAGUUAUAACAGAAUAAAUGGUUAGUUAGGAUUUUUUAUGGGUUUUUUAUGGUUAUGUAGAAUUUUGAGGUGGCUGACGAGGCUGACGGGGACGGCCUGCGCCCAGUAGUACACGAGUCGCGGGAACGCGUCGACGUCUGACGAAAAACAGACGUCAAAGAGAAAAUAAUUUUCCAAAAUAUACGUUUUUCAAUCCAGAACAUAAUGAUAUAGUGCUAAAACAUCAAAGUGUUUUUCAUAAUAUUGUUUUCUUUAGCGUGUUUUGUUUUAAAUGCCUCAAUAAAGCUUUCCUAGUCACAACAGAUAUGUAAAUAAAUAAUAACAAUCCAAACUAACGUUGAAAGACUGAAAUGAGAUGUAAGAUGAUAUGACACAAGCGAGCUGAGACAGCGCUAUGGUCGCCCGUAGCGCUCCCACACCAUGACAGACGAAGAAAUUGUACCCCCAACCUUCGCUGAGAAACUUCUAUUUUACACUACAGCCACUUUCGUUCUACUUGGGACGUUCAGCCUUUUUGCGUUCCUCUUCCUUGUACCAUUCGUCAUAGAACCAGCCUUCACCACAAUAUUCAUGCAAUUCGAUCCAGUCGCAGCACUAUGCGUUACGACAGGGGUAAAGCAUCUCGUUGGCGCCAGCAACUGCUCCUGGGCAUCCUGCAGGGAAGGUUGCACCAAAGAUCUCUUUGAGUGCACCCAGAUUCGCGUCAACUACAAAUUGGGCAUAUACCCUAAUGUAACGCCUACUGAAGACUUGGAAACUUUAAUUAGAGAAGAACGGGCGCUGAGAAAAGACUACGAUUACGAAAACUACGAGGUUGCGGCUGAUAAAUCGUAUCCAGAAAUGGGGGAGGAAGAUCUACCUGAUGCUAUACCGACGGGACUACAAGGCAACGACUCCGAAUGGUACUUCACUGGUGCUCGACUGUUUCCAAACGUGAAAGGUUGUGGGUACCCACCUAUCCUCAAUUGUACGAUCUUCUACGCAAAGCACAAACCAAUCGGCAACAAUUAUACUUGCUAUUACAGCCGCGUGGACCCAGGAUUGGUAAUCACUGAGCUGGAUAUGUGGCAGAAUACUUUAAACCUGGUGUAUGCCAUGGCAAUACCUAUACCGUCAUUCAUAAUAUCCGUGAUAUAUUUGACGUUUGCUUACUUUAAGAUUUAUAAUACUGAGGAAGAGUCUGAACAAGCGCCAUUGAAGAGCGAUGCUGAGGCGAUGGCUACUGGUGAUGAUGAGAAACCAACAACCCCAGGAUCUGAUACGUUUAGGGAGGAUCUGGCCUGUUUUGGACAUCAGCUGAAGAUGCAACUGGCUAAUGAGAAGCCUAAAGAGGGCUUUGAGUCCAAUAGUCCGCCAAUUUCUAAUUCUGCUUCAUUGUCUGGGAUUCCUGAAGAGGUGGCUUUGGAUACAGAGUGCAUCACGAGAUGA